AUGAUGUGUUGCUUCUUUGCUACAUUUGGAUGUUCACCGGGACCUCUAACUUGGCUCGUACCGGGCGAGAGACCCACUGAAAUCCGGCCAGUUGGCCAAGGCAUAUGUGUCGCCGUCAAUUUCAUCAUCACCUUUGUUCUCUCUCAGAUCUCCCUCACCAUGCUUUGCCACCUCAAGUAUGGCAUUUUUUUGCUCUAUGCUGGCUUGACGUUGGUGAUGACCAUCGUCGUGGCUUACUUCGUGCCAGAGACGAUAGGGAUUCCUCUGAAGUCCAUGAAUGCAGUUUGGAAACAGCAUUGGCAACAGACGGCUUCCGCUGCAAGCGCAGAUUACAUAUGGGUAGAUAAUGGCUCUCCAGAAUACACAUAAAGAGAGCAAUUUUGAUAAUCGUAGCACAUUUCUGCAACAAGUGAGUGUUCAGGGAAGACUCACCUUGUAGUAGGAGUUCCUUACGGGCUGAAGUGAUUGCAGCAGAGCUUUGUCAACAAUUUGCCAGUGCCUAUUGAACAGAGGUCAUUGCACUACCUGAACAAUGAACAUGCCAAUACAAG